GACGAACGGAGUCACCUGACUGCAUGUUUGCAAAUCUGCAGGACAACAGUGCUGGGCUUGCAAAAGCAGGAAGAUCGCCCGACGGAUGAGCUGGAGGAUCUUGCAAGAUAGCAAACGGGGCCAUCCUCGUUUCGUUUUGAAUGACUGGCGAACCCGCACUAAUGGCGAGAGGAAAACUGUAGGGCUUUUGAGAAACGAUGGCUACCUCCGUGUGUAUCAACUGCACGGAUCAAGAGCGCGAGAGGCUGUUUACUCCUGUGAACAGCUAUGGCUCACAAGCCACCAGCAGCGGCAGCAAUGAGGUGCCACCUCUGCCGAAGCUCGAACGUGUGCUGGAGGAGGAGGCUCUUCGCAGGAAGCUAAAGUACUUCUUCAUGAGCCCAUGUGACAAGUACCACGCCAAGGGGCGCAAGCCAUUCAAGCUGAUUCUGCAGAUGGUCAAGAUCGUCGUUGUCACGGUGCAGCUGGUGCUCUUUGGUCUCAGUAAUCAGAUGGUUGUCACAUUUAAAGAGGAGAACACCAUAUCAUUCAAGCACCUUUUCCUAAAGAACUACGCAGAUGGAGGUGAUGACACCUAUGCCGUGUACACACAAGCAGACUUCUAUGACAGCAUGUUUUACGUAGUCGAUCAGUUUUUGGCACUCCCAAAUACAACAGUUGGCCGCUAUGCAUAUGUGCACAGUAAACAUGCCAAUGAAAGUACCCUCUUUCUGUGUCAGCAAUAUUACAAGAAAGGAAGCAUUGACCCUGGAAACGACACCUUCGACAUUGAUCCCCACGUGAAGACAGAAUGCAUUGGAGUGAACCCCAGGUCAAGGUCCGAAGAUGAUUACGAGUAUAGGAACUUCACUCUUAAAUUUCACAAACUCAUCAAUGUGACUGUACAGUUUAAGCUAAAAGCCAUCAACAUUCAGACGAUCAUAAACAAUGAGGUUCCGGACUGCUACACAUUCACCAUCACAAUCACAUUCGACAACAAAGCCCACAGCGGCAGAGUGAAGAUCAGCCUGAAUAAUGAGGCCUGUAUUAAGGAGUGUAAGGACCCGAAUGUCUCCGGCCGUGCAGAGAACUAUUCCCGGCUAGCAUUUGAUGCGAUGGUGGUCAUAUUGUGCAUCAUGUCAUUCUUACUCUGUGGACGUUCAAUUAUCCGAGGCCUGUUUCUACAGCAGGAAUUUGUGCGGUAUUUCCAUAACCACUUUGACAGGAAGGUGAGCUGCUCUGACCGCUUGGAGUUUGUGAACGGCUGGUACAUCCUGCUAAUUAUCAGCGACAUUUUGACCAUUAUUGGCAGCUUCAUCAAGAUGGGCAUUGAAUCUAAGAAUCUGGCCUCCUAUGAUGUGUGUGGUAUAAUGCUGGGCACAUCUACCCUACUGGUAUGGGUGGGUGUCAUUCGAUACCUCAGCUUCUUUCAGAAAUACAAUAUUUUGAUCAUUACCCUGAGGGCAGCCUUCCCUAAUGUGAUUCGUUUCUGUUGCUGUGCCGCUGUGAUCUACCUUGGAUAUUGCUUCUGUGGAUGGAUCGUCUUGGGGCCCUACCAUGUCAAGUUCCGUUCCCUCUCCAUGGCGUCGGAGUGCCUUUUCUCCCUAAUCAAUGGUGAUGACAUGUUUGUUACUUUCUCUGAAAUGCAGCAGAGCAGCUUCUUGGUUUGGCUUUUCAGCCAGAUCUACCUGUACAGUUUCAUUAGCCUUUUUAUUUACAUGGUGCUGAGUCUCUUCAUCGCUCUCAUUACGGGUGCAUAUGAAACGAUCAAGCAUCACAGCAUGGAGCCAGUUCACAUCACAGAUUUGCACGCCUUCAUAGCAGAAUGUAAAGACACCCCAAAUUCAGGCAAAUUCAGGGGUAUAGAGAGCUCUCCGUGCUCCGUUUUCUGCUGCUGUGACCGGACUACUACAUAUGAGGAUGUUCUCCUAAUAAACUGAGGGAACGACCGAGAAACCUGCCAAAAGAAUGAGACCCUCAUUCAUCUUUCGCCAUUGUCCUUCCCCCAAGCCCACUUCACUGUAACACGUCCUCUCAUCCUUUGCAAUGUAAAGGGGUGGAAGCCAACAGAAGCUGCUCAGAAACUGAAAGUCGGUUAAUCAAACAGCAGGCUGCCUUCAUCUACUUGGGUUGUUUUAAUUCUUGAUGGACACAUCCAGGGAAUUUUGACUUGGUGAAUUUUAACAAGUGGAUCUUAAACCAUUUUAAACAUUUUAAAUUAUAUAGUCCGUGAGCAAUGACGCAAACUCCGCUGGACAGACGUUAAGACUGGAAAACUGACACAUUGAGAUGACCAAGAAGACCCUUCCGGAAUCGUGGUGGCAGUAUGGUGAUUUUUAUUUAUUUAUUUUUAAUUUUUUUGCAAUUUCAGGACAUUUUAAACUCUUUGUUCCUGUUCAAUUCCUGAUAGUCUUAUGAAGCUGACAGUACGAGGACACACCGUGCACCCGCUACUGAAUUAGAAAUAUUUGAAACUUUUUUUGCCAUCGUUUUACCACUUGGAUUUCUUACACAAGAUUUGUUUUUGGUGGACGGUAUCCAGACACUUUUGAACACUCCGCUGUGUCAAUACGGUCCAUUCUGCGAUUGUACGACACGAUGGAACUCUCCUGAUUUAUUUAUUCCAUGAGCUGCGAUCCAGCUGACCAAUGGCCGUUCGAGAACACUGGAAGCACUUUUAUAGCCGAUCAAAAAGCACAAAUGCAGAAUCAUUGCCUGUUCAGAAGCCGUCAUGGAUGUGCGUGUGUGUGUGGGUGAGGCGGUGUUAUUUCGUACUGACUAUUUUUAAUUUAAAGGUACAUGCGCACAGAAAUGCAAUACUGAAGAAAAAAAAUGAGUGACCUGUCUGACGUAGGGUUUCAGUUCAGCCUUCACAAAGGAGGAUGAGGAAGCAGGUGAAGUUGUCAAAUCUGUUUGUGCUGACUCGGAUAUACACACAUAUGAAUUAGCAAGACGCGUAGAGUCGAGAAGCUAUCUUGCGUCCUCCAUGCCUGCAGAGCUUUACUUGACGUUACCUCUCAUUUAAUCGACAUUGGCUCAUCUCGCCCAAUAGCCAUUUUUAGAACUUAUUUGUGAUGUAGUGAGACUGGAACACCGCGUGGUGUCGUGAUGGCAGAUCUCACGUUUUGUUUUAAGUUUUAUUGUGUGUAACAGUUUAAGAGGCUGGCAGCCGAGGGGUCCCUAUCAGUCCGAGCUGCCGCACCCAGGCCUUGUGUGCAUGGCACUGUAUUCUUGCACUUCUGCCCCUGCAGUGUCAUUGUUAACGUCAAUUCAGAGCAUUAUGUUUUACUGAAGUUUUUCAUAAAUCUCAAAUCACUGAGCAUUCUUUUAAUUUUCAUAUUGGUUUUUGCCCUUUGGUCUUUAGGGUUUAAACUGCCAAGUGGGGUCCCACGUGGGAUUCCAAACUGUGAGGGGUGUGGGUUUGGAUGAAAAGUAACAACAUAUAUAGACUGUCAUGUCUGUCAUUCCGGAUAAGGGAAGGUGGCCUACAGGUUGUAGUGCGGGUGACCGGCUGUGUAGCGCCAGCAAGCAACACAAUACGACGUAAAGCUUUAUGGCAGCUCUCCACGCUCAAGGAAAUGUGAAUUGGCAUCUCUGAUGUUCUGUGGUGGGCAUGAAGGCAAAGAAAGCCCAUGGGGCCUUACUGAUUGUGUCACUUUAAUCGGACUGCUGGCUCGUGGUCACAGAAUGAGGUGGCUGUGAGAGAGAGAUUGCCUCUAACUCCCAUGAUCACUUUCAUUUCAGGCGGGACUGCAGUGCCAGCUUAGGCCCAUUGUUGCGCUCAGAGUGGUGAACUGGCACACAGAAUUGGCUCAGUAAUGACAAGAUUAAAAACUAUUGUUAUGUGCCACCCCCUUACCCUCUGUUUACCUUGGCCAUGCUGUUCGUUGUGCCUCUCUGCAGAGUGAUCGCUGCCACCGGAAAGAAGGACACAAUUACAUCUGUUUUAUUUUUUAUUUGGGUGGGUUUUUAAACACGUGGUGUCCAAAAGCAAUGAAUCACAUGUAUGAAGUUCAUUUUUAGUGGGAUCCAUGCCCAGUACAAAUGACAAUAUGAGCUGCUGUCAUUAGGGAGGUAAGCCUUUUAAAUAAACGUUUCAUUAAAAAU